AUGGCCGAGGAUAGGAAAGAUGAAGCCAAGGCGCCACACUGGACUUCAGGUCAGCUAACAGAGGCUUCUUCACACCCACAUUCACCUGAAAUUAAGGAUCAGGGUGGCGCAAGUGCUGGACUGGUCAGAAGUGCCAACGGAUUUCCGUACCGAGAGGAUGAGGAGCUGAGGCUGGGCAGCCACGAGCAGCCAGGGACGUACGCUCAGACCAAAGAGAACGGGAUCAACGGAGAGUUGUCAUCAGGGAGCAGGGAGACUGCAGAAGAAGUGUCUGCAAGGAUAGUACAAGUAGUAACAGCUGAAGCUGUAGCGGUCCUGAAAGGUGAACAGGAAAAAGAAGCCCAGCACAAAGAUCAGCCUGGAUCACUACCUUUAGCAGUUGAAGAGUCAACCAACCUGCCUCCUUCCCCACCUCCAUCACCAGCUUCUGAGCAGACUGGAGUUCUGGAGGAAGAAGAAGAACCAGUAAAGAGUCCGAUGGCUGUGGAAGUGAAACCUGCUGCUCUUCCUGGGAAGCAAGUUGGGAAAGAGCACAGGCCCCUUAGGCCUUUGGACCAGGCAAAGGACCUCUGUGAGGGUCACUCGGAUUCUGGUUCAGUGUGUCAUGAAGACAAAGUGCCAAGUGUGGCAUCCAGCAGAGAGAGUGUGACCUUUGUGGUGGGAGCACUCCUGAAAGACACCCCCCCUUCCUUGGCUGAGGAAGCCACGAAGAUGGAAUUCCGUGUCCAGGAGGGCACAUGCCCUUUUGCAGCAGAACCAUUAGACACAAAGCAACGUGAAUCUGGGAAAGACAGUAAGACUGUUGAGCAACCAAAAUAUGAUGCCUUAGUCCCACAGUCAGCAAAAACAGAGGCUGCAGAUAAAAAGGAUUCAGAGAGCAAAGACAAAGUGCUUUCGCCUCCAUCAGAAUGGGUCUUGAAAACUGAUUUGCAGAAGAAAGGGGAAGCCAGUUUUGCAGGACCUGCUGCUAAACCCCCUGCACCUCAAGAGCAAGAGCACUUGUCAUCUCAACUGCCUGAAGAGAGCAGGGUGGAAGAAAGGACUGCAGGUGUGCCCUCAUCAACUGACCAAGUCAUGGCUUUUAAAUUUCACGACGACCUCAAAGAUAUCCAAGGUGGUGCCAUCAGCCAUGGUGAAAGUUUUCUGUUGUUACCAGAACCCAAGGCAGAAGCAGCCAAAAGUGAACUUCCUUCAGGCCCAUCUCCUGCUCUCCCCCAGGAGCUUGCACUCAAAGACAGUUUCAAAACACAUCAGGAACCUGCUGACCAACUGUUUGCCAAAGAUCUCAAUAAAGAUGAACAGAUCCACAGAGGCAGGACAUUUUCUCUACCAGAAGUCUCAGCAGUCACUGUAGAUGGAUUGAAAACUCCAAGCACCCCAAAAAUCCCUCCAUGGGGAGAGGAAAAGGACAUGACUAAGGAUGAGAGUGAUGAGGAAGAAAGGUAUGACUUCUAUGAUAAAGGGGAGGCUCGAAUAUUAGAUGAUGGUAAAAUUACCACAAAAUCAGAGGUUAAGACACUUUCCCUAGACAAAACAGACUUUCAAAAGGAUGGUGAAGCUAAAAAGUCACCUGAUGGUCUCAAAGAAGAAAAAGAAACGGACCAAAGUGGGCUCUCAGCAGCAGCAGAUGUGAAAAAGGAGGCGCAGCAAAGCACACAAGUACCCCCAGCUAAAUUAAUCCAGGAACUGACCCCUGAGAAAACAACAGAGCACCCUGAUACCACUCAGUUAUCCCGAGUAUCAGAGAAAGCUCCUGAGGCACCAGGUUUAACCACUGAGAAGACUCCUGCUCUUGAAGCUCCUCAAGAGGAAGAUGUUAAAAAAGAUACUGAGGAGGAUAAGACAAGUGUUUCAGCUCCUCAUCAAAUGAAAGAAGAGGAAGAUCAGUCAGGAAUGUCAAAGUAUUUUGAAACCUCUGCUCUGAAAGAGGAAGCCUUCAAAGCAGAUGGUCUGAAACAAAGCAGUGAUUACUAUGAGCUGAGUGACACUAAAGAGAGUAAAUACGAGCCCUAUCAGAGAGGUCAUCUAAUACCUGAAGAUGAAGAAGGGGAGGAAGAGGAAGAAUUCAAUCAGCGGCAGAAUAUGCAUUCUCGUGAAAUGGGGUACAGUACCCUGGCUCAGAGCUAUACACCAGACACAUCUGAAGAACCAAGUUCUCCAACAGAAAGAAUGUUCACUAUUGACCCCAAAGUCUAUGGGGAUAAGAGAGAACUUCACAGUAAAAAUAAAGAUGACCUUACUCUGAGCAGGAGCCUGGGACUUGGGGGGAGAUCUGCAAUUGAACAGAGAAGUAUGUCUAUUAACUUGCCCAUGUCCUGUCUGGAUUCAAUAGCCCUAGGGUUUAGUUUUGGUCGUGCACAUGAUCUUUCUCCCCUUGCUUCAGAUAUUCUAACUAAUACUAGUGGAAGUAUGGAUGAAGGUGAUGACUACUUGCCAGCAACCACACCAGCAUUGGAGAAGGCCCCCUGCUUCCCCAUUGAGAGUAGAGAGGAAGAUGAACACACAGAAGAAGAAAAAGGAAAGGUAGAAGAAAAAGUCCAGCCUGAGACCUUAGCUGAACCAUCUUUCCAGGCCAAGGAUUACUACAAAAAUGGGGCUGUCCUGGCUCCUGACCUGCCUGAAAUGUUAGACUUGGCAGGGACAAGAUCUAGAUUAGCCUCUGUGAGUGCAGAUGCUGAGGUGGCACAGAAGAAGUCAGUUUCUUCUGACACUGUUGUGGAAGACAGCAGCACAGCCCUGCCACCCGUGACAAAUGAAAACCACGUAAUUCUAAAAGCUGAAAGUCAGCUGGAAGACUUGGGCUACUGUGUUUUCAAUAAGUACACAGUACCACUUCCUUCUCCAGUUCAGGACAGUGAGAAUUUAACAAGUGAAACCUGUCCCUUCUACGAAGGCACAGAUGAAAAACUGAGACGUGGCCUCGGUCCUGACUUGUCUUUAAUAGAAGUGAAGCUGGCAGCUGCUGAAAAAUCGAAAGAAGACUUCCUCAGUGAAAAAGACUUAGGUCAGCAUGGUGAGUCCAUUCUAGUGAGGGACUUUGAGGAGGAGAAAAAAGAGAAAUUGGAUACUGUGCUAGAAAAAAGUGAAGAACAAGUUGACUCUAAAGAGGUCUGUCCCAUUAAAGGAGCAGAACCAGAGAAGACAGCAGCUGAGGCAAUGUUAGAAAGGAAGGAAGAAAGUGUGGCUAGUAAAGUUCAUUUACCUCCUGAUACAAUGUAUGACAGAAUUUCUGCUUCAGAGCUAGCAAUAGAAAAGGAUUCUGUUUGUUUGCUGAUGGAGAAGGAGAAGACUCUUAGUGUUGUUCCUGAAAUAGCUGAGAUAGAAGCACCAGUUAAACCAGAUUACAAUGCAAUUAAGCAUGAUAUGGAGGUGGCUGCAAGGAGAGCUGACCAAGAGUAUCAGAGUAAGUUAGACACUAAGAUGAGUGAGGUUGUUUCACUUCCUUUAGGGAAGGACAAAGCCUCUCUUAAAAAAGCAGAGCCUGAACCCAAAGACAUUCAGCAGAAAGAGGAGACCAUCUUUUCCAGAGAAGCAAAGGAUGCAGAUCUACUUUCCAAGACAGAGCCUAGUUCUGUGAAGGACAGCACCAAACUGUCAGAAACAGAAAUUAAAGAAAAAGUAACGAAGCCAGAUCUGGUACAUCAAGAGGCAGUUGAUAAGGAGGAAUCUUAUGAAUCUAGUGGAGAGCAUGAUCAAGCCCAAGAAAGUUUGAAUGGAGAAUCUGUGAAACCAGAGGACAUCAAAGCAGAACAUCCGAAACCUCCCACGUCUGGGGAAGAGAUGCCUACACAGUUACCAGCUAAGGGGACUUCUGUGGAGCUCCUCUUCCCAAAAGCUGAGCCUCUCCAGGAGGAGCCUGCUGAGAUUCAGAUGGAGAGCAUACCACAGCUUGCUGAAGGAGCUGAGGAGACUCUUGAUACAGCUGUGAAACCUGUGGAAACCCAAAAGCUGCUGCCAUGUGAACUGACAGCUGGAGCCCCGAAAGAGGAAGAAUAUGAGGAAGAAGAGGUAGAAGCAGGGCAAGAAGCAAAAGAAGAGGAUAAAGAGCAUCUUGUAGCAGAAAUGCCCCCAGACUUUGGCGAGCCUGCUGCAGAAGAAAUGGGAGCCAAGGGUAGCCCAGAAGCAGUGCCUGAACUGAAAGGCAUUAUUGAGUCAGUGGUGACAGUGGAGGAUGACUUUAUCACAGUGGUGCAGACAACAGUUGAUGAGGGUGAAUCUGCUUGUCACAGUGUGCGCUUUGCUGCUACUCAGCAGGAGGACAUUGAAACGGGAGACUCCCAGGCUGAAGAGGAGCUAGAUGUUGAAGAAGUGGAAGUUGAGCCCAAGGAAGGCUCCCGAGAGGCUCCUGCUUCACCCCAGAGAGAGGAAAUCCUGCUCACUAACUACAAAACAGAAACGUGUGAUGAUUACAAAGAUGAAACAACAAUUGAUGACUCCGUCAUGGACACAGACAGUCUCUGGGCAGACACUCAAGAUGAUGAUAGGAGCAUCAUGACUGAACAGUUAGAGACUGUUCCUAAAGAGGAGAAAGCAGAGAGAGAAUUGCGAAGACCAUCUCUUGAUAAGCAUAAAAAAGAGAAACCUUUUAAAACUGGGAGAGGCAGGAUUUCUACUCCUGAAAGGAAAAUAGCUAAAAAGGAACCUAGCACACUCUCCAGAGAUGAAGUGAGAAGGAAAAAAGCAGUGUAUAAGAAAGCUGAACUUGCUAAAAAAACUGAAGUUCAGGCCCACUCUCCCUCCAGGAAAAUAAUUUUAAAACCUGCUAUCAAAUAUACUAGACCAACUCAUCUCUCCUGUGUUAAACGGAAGCAGACAGCUUUUAUGUCCUUCAAGCGCAGCCUUUUCCUCUUCACUGGUAAUGUUAGAUCAUCCAGCCCGACUGCCUCUUUGUCAAAGAUUCCUGCCUCAAAGUCUAGAGCAAAGUCAUUGCUUCCUCCAAGACCCAGCUCAGCUUGCUCAUUAACCACUAAAAGGGCCACAUUUCUCGAUACAGACAGUAAUUUUGUUCAGCCCUCCUCUGCAGGCCCAAGAGACUCAAAAUCAGAUGCUAAGGAUGGAGUAAGAGCGAGCCCCGAGAAGCGUUCAUCUCUACCAAGACCUUCCUCCAUCCUCCCUCCUCGACGAGGUGUUUCAGGAGACCGAGACAGAGAGGAGAACUCCCUCUCCCUCACAACUUCUCUUUCCUCUUCAGUACGACGGACUACCCGAUCAGAGCCAAUUCGUAGCAGAACGGGAAAAAGUGGAACUUCUACCCCCACCACUCCUGGCUCCACUGCCAUCACUCCAGGGACACCACCAAGCUAUGCCUCCCGUACCCCGGGCACUCCAGGGACACCCAGUUACUCCAGAACUCCCCACACUCCUGGGACCCCCAAAUCUGCAAUACUGGUACCUACUGAGAAAAAAGUUGCCAUAAUUCGCACUCCUCCUAAAUCUCCAGCCACUCCAAAGCAGCUACGAGUUAUUAAUCAGCCUCUACCUGACCUCAAGAAUGUCAGGUCCAAAAUUGGGUCAACAGAUAAUAUCAAAUACCAGCCUAAAGGCGGGCAGGUUAGGAUUUUAAACAAGAAGAUCGAUUUUAGCGAUAUUCAGUCCCGGUGUGGUUCCAGAGAUAACAUCAAACAUUCUGCAGGGGGAGGAAAUGUACAAAUUGUAACCAAGAAGAUCGACUUGAGUCAUGUGACUUCCAAAUGUGGCUCACUCAAGAAUAUCCAUCACAAACCAGGAGGUGGGCGUGUGAAAAUUGAGAGUGUGAAACUGGAUUUCAAAGAAAAAGCUCAGGCUAAAGUUGGUUCACUGGAAAAUGCCCACCAUGUACCUGGUGGUGGUAACGUCAAGAUCGACAGCCAGAAGCUGAACUUCAGAGAGCACGCCAAGGCCCGUGUUGAUCACGGGGCUGAGAUCAUCACGCAGUCACCGGGCAGGUCCAGCAUGGCCUCGCCACGCAGGCUCAGCAACGUCUCCUCCUCUGGGAGCAUCAACCUCCUCGAAUCUCCCCAGCUUGCUACCCUUGCUGAAGAUGUCACAGCAGCCCUUGCCAAGCAGGGGUUAUGAAUUCGCUCGUUUUGCGUUACAUGAAGUAAUAAUAUUUAGGCAUGAGCUCUUGGCAGGAAUGGGCUCAGAGCAGGUGUUACAUUCAUUCUUUACCAUGUCUAAAACUAAGUUAACAUCCCAAGACUUGUAGUUACCAUACAGUUUAAAAAAUUAAAAAAAAAAAAAAACAGAAAAAAAAAAAUAAAAUUCCGUAGAUGCAGAAAUUGGCCUGACCUCCAUUUACAACAGGAAGACACUGGCUUUAUAUGGGUAUACUGCAGUAUGUUACAUUGGACAAUUAUUGUUGCUCUGCUCUGUCUUGCAUGGAGUACUGUGGUAUGAUAAAAUGCAUUUUUACCUUUCAUGUGCCUGAAGGC